AGUUAAUCAACAUUCUUGACAAGCAAUGUCUAAAGGUAUCUAUCAACUGGGAGGGAUAGCAGGACACUCAGCUCCUGUAGUAGGAGAAUCAGUGUUCCUGUGGGGAGGGGAAAGGCCUGACUUACCUAGAGUUCAUGAUUCCCCACAAAAGAGGAAAUAUUUGUCCACCAUUGAUAGACUGGAGUUUAGGACUGGUCUUUGGUCCUCUCACGUGACCAGAGGAACGUCACCUCCUCUAGGAGCUUUGGGAUACUUUUGUACUACCAGAAACAACGAAAUCUUCUUUUUUAGUGGCUACUGUGGACAUGACCUCUGCUACCAUAAUGAUGUCAACUCAUUUAAUAGUCUAACAUAUGAAUGGAGUAAUAUAAUACCAACCAGUGAUGCUGUAAUGAAGAGAGCGGGUGGUGGUAUGGUGUGUAUGGAGUGUAUGGGUACAGAAUACCUAUUUAUGAUAGGAGGGGUUGGUUCUACACCCACUACAUACCAAUCACAGUAUCAGUAUAUUCAGUUGGUUAAUGGUCGUAUUCGUACUAAUGAACAGAAUUUAUUAAAUUUAUCAACAAUAGGUGCAUGUAAACAUUGAAGGAGUGAGCAUGAGCCAUCAUUGUAUGAAGAGACAGUUGAUUUGACUAACUAAUUUUGAGUUACAUCAGCUACAUAAAAGUAAAAAUACAAAAUUCAAAAUGAAGCCUUCAAGCAUGGAUGCAUCCUACUCCACCUAUUAAUAAUUUGU